UUCUGCAAAGUUCCUGCUUUUGAGUUCAUCUCUGCAAUAUUAAUGGCUCAAAAGGCUCAUGUUCCAAAGUUUGGUAAUUGGGAAAGCGAUAACGUUCCAUACACAACAUACUUCGAAAAUGCAAGAAAAGACAAAGGUGCCGGAGGAAAGAUGAUCAAUCCAAAUGAUCCUGAACAAAAUCCAGACGCAUUUGUAUCCGGCAUUUUCCCUCAAGCCUACAAAUUCACAAGGCCACAACAAGAUGACGAUGAGUCCUAUGAUUUCGGCCAUGGUCAUUUUGCUAAUGUCUCUCAGAGUAAAACCAUGCAUUCAGUAAAAUCGCCGCAGAAAGAAAAUUGUUUCAGAGAUGAUUCUGCAUUCCAAGGAUUCAUGAAAGUUCCGUCCCCCCAAAACUUUACACAUCAAAGAGGUGACUUCGAUCCAAAAACUAGUAAAGCUCAUAAAAGUGGCAAACCAGAUUCCACUGAGAAAUACAGCUCUGAUGUCGCACUUCUGUCAUAUCAAAAUCGCCGUAGCCCUGCUCAUUACUCUCCUGAACGCAGUUAUAUGCUAUCACCGCCACGACAAACUACAUUGAAAUCUGAAAACUAUCUUCAUAAUUCUAACCCACAACAGCAUCAGAGAGGAGUGUCGGUGCCGAAAUUUGGUGCAUGGGAUGAAAAUGAUCUAAAAUCAGGUGAAGGUUUCACUAUCAUUUUUAGCAAAGUUAAAGAGGAGAAGCAGAUGACUGCUGCAAGAUUACCGGCAACUCCAACAGAGCCAAAAUUUAUUCCUGCAACACAACAAGAACACCGUAAUUCUUCCUUUCUAUCAAAGAUAUGUUGCUGCUUUCAAGCUUAAAGUUAUUGAAUUUCAUCUGUCUCGUUGUGCAAUGUUCGAUCUUGUCGAGUUGCUGAUCUGCUUUGAUGUCUUCUAAAUGAGAAGAAAAGUAGAACUAAUUUGGCAUAUGUUUUAUAAACAAGUUAUUGUGAUUAUGGAGAAUGUGUUGUUGUUAUGUGAAGGAAUGCAUGUUGAUAUGUUUUCAAAAACAAUGUGUUUGUUGUAUUCCUUUGCACAUACUGAAGUAAA